AUGAGCGACAAAGGAGCCCCAGGAGCCCCUCCUCCCAACAACCUCAAAGUAUUGGUUUUUCACCAUGAAAAUCCUUGUUUUUCAGAUGCCGAUGAAUGUUUUGCAUGCCCUGGAUAUCAGUAUCCAAACAAUGACAAGGAUGGAUGUCUCCCAAAAGAAAUCACGUUCUUGUCUUUUAAAGAGCCUCUGGGCAUCGUGUUAGCCGUGUUGGCACUCACAUUUUCUCUCAUCACAGUUUUCAUUCUUGGCAUCUUCAUAAAGUACAGGGACACUCCCAUUGUCAAAGCAAACAAUAAGAACCUCACCUACAUUCUCCUGGCUUCCCUCCUGCUUUCCUUCCUUUGUGCUCUGCUAUUCAUUGGCCAACCUAGAAAGGCGACAUGCCUCCUUCAACAAACUGCUUUCGGCGUGAUUUUCUCAGUGGCACUUUCUUCCAUUUUGGCCAAAACCAUCACUGUCAUUCUGGCUUUCGUAGCCACCAAGCCAGGGUCCAGGAUAAGGCAAUGGAUGGGGAAGAGAUUAACAUAUUCCAUUGUUCUUUCUUGCUCUCUUACCCAAGUUGUUAUUAACAUGGCCUGGCUGGCAACCUCUCCUCCGUUCCCAGACCUUGACAUGUACUCAGUGAGUCAAAAAAUUGUACUCAAAUGCAAUGAAGAUUCAGGCGCUAUGCUUUAUUCUCUUUUGGGUUUCCAGGGUUUCCUAGCUCUUGUCAGCCUCACUUUGGCUUUCUUAGCCAGGAAGUUGCCUGACAGUUUUAAUGAGGCCAAGUUUAUCACCUUCAGCAUGUUGGUCUUUUGCAGUGUUUGGCUGUGCUUCAUUCCAACAUACCUGAGCACGAAGGGCAAAAAUAUGGUGGCCGUGGAGAUUUUCUCUAUUUUGGCUUCUAGCUUUGGUUUAUUGGGCUGUAUUUUUUCACCAAAAUGCAAUAUUAUUUUGCUGAAGCCUGAGUUGAACAGCAAGGAGCAACUAACAAAAAGAAGGAAUUAAAGAAUGUGCCUUU